AUGGAAAUAAACGAGAGAAUGGGACGAACAGGAAGCUUAUUUAACACUAUGAAAACAACAUUUUUUGGGAAAAAAGGGAUACCGGAAAAAGUAAAAACGGCAGUCGUUAAAUCAGUAGUUAGACCAACAAUCAUGUAUAGCAGCGAGACAUGGACAUUGACGGGGAGACAAAAAUCCAGAGUCAAUGCUAUGGAAAUGAGGUUCCUGAGGAAAAUAGCAAACAGAAAAAGGACAGACAAAAUACGAAACGAAACAAUUAGACAAAACCUAAAACUAGAACCAAUCAAUGAAAAAAUAGUAGAAGGACAACUUAGAUGGUUCGGGCACGUGUGUAGAAUGUCGAACGAGAGGCUAACAAAACGAGUGUUCGAAACGAGAGUGCAGGGGAAAAACAAAAGAGGGAGACCAAGAGUUAUGUGGGUAGAUGAAAUCAGGAAAGAAGUCGAGAAGAAGGGAUUGACAUUGGAAAGUGCAAGAAACCUAGCGCAAGAUCGGAAAGCAUGGAGACUACAAUGCCAAACUCAACUCCACCAGCCUUACACCUAAAGGUAGAAAGGCUUAGGACUAAGUAAGUAAGCAAUUAAAAUGGCAUAUUUAUUGUUCCCCACACAAUUACUUAAUUUUUUAUAAAAAAAUCAAAUUUUACUAUGAAUUAAAAGUUUGGUGAAAAGAACCAUAGAUUUAAAAAAAUUAACUUUUUACAAAAAUUAAUUUUUAUUACCG